GCAGCGGGGCCGGAAGCGGGCGGCGCGCGGGGCGGGCGGACAAGAUGGCGGACGGGGACAGCGGCAGCGAGCGCGGCGGCGGCGGCGGGUUCGGGACCGCCCGCGGCGGGGCGGGGGGGGGCCGGCCCGGCCGCGGGGCCGGCGGCGGCGGCGCGGCUGGCCCCGAGCAGGAGACGCAGGAGCUGGCGUCCAAGCGUCUGGACAUCCAGAACAAGCGCUUCUACCUGGACGUGAAGCAGAACGCCAAGGGCCGCUUCCUCAAGAUCGCCGAGGUGGGCGCGGGCGGCUCCAAGAGCCGCCUCACGCUCUCCAUGGCCGUGGCCGCCGAGUUCCGCGACUACCUGGGCGACUUCAUCGAGCACUACGCGCAGCUGGGCCCGUCCAGCCCCGAGCAGCUGGCCCAGGCCGCGGGGCCGCCGGGCGAGGACGGCGCCGGGCCCCGCCGCGCCCUCAAGAGCGAGUUCCUGGUGCGGGAGAACCGCAAGUACUACCUGGACCUGAAGGAGAACCAGCGCGGGCGCUUCCUGCGCAUCCGCCAGACCGUGAACCGCGGCCCCGGCGGCCCGGGGGGGUUCGCGGGAGGCCCCCCCGGGCUGCAGAGCGGCCAGACCAUCGCGCUGCCCGCCCAGGGCCUCAUCGAGUUCCGCGAUGCCCUGGCCAAGCUCAUCGACGACUACGGCGGCGAGGAGGACGAGCUGGGCGGCCCCGGCGGCGGCGGCCCGGGCGGCGGGGGGCUCUACGGGGAGCUGCCCGAGGGCACGUCCAUCACCGUGGACUCCAAGCGCUUCUUCUUCGACGUGGGCUGCAACAAGUACGGGGUGUUCCUGCGGGUCAGCGAGGUGAAGCCGUCCUACCGCAACGCCAUCACCGUCCCCUACAAGGCCUGGGCCAAGUUCGGCGGCGCCUUCUGCCGCUACGCCGAGGAGAUGCGCGACAUCCAGGAGCGCCAGCGGGACAAGCUCUACGACCGGCGCGCCGGCCCGCCGGGACCCGGCAGCGGCAGCGGCGCCGGUGACGACUCCGACGGCGACGACGUGGACGACGACUGAGCCGAUCCCCCCAGCCCUCGACCCCGACGCCGGCCCCCCACCACCCCCCCCGAGCCCCGGGGCGAGCGGGUCCCCGAUCCCCCCUCCCAGCGACGGGGCAGAGGGGUUCCUGAGCCCCCCUUCCCCCUCCCAGCGACGGGGUGAAGGGGUCCCCAAACCCCCCGGGUCCCCGCUCCCAGCAACGGGACGAAGGGGUCCCCGAGCCCCCCCCGCCAGCAGCGGUGGGGCGCGGGGGUCCCCGAGCCCCCGAGUCCCCCCCUCCUGUCGCCACCGGAGAGAGAGAAACCGGCCCGACCGUGCCGCGGCCCCCCCGGCCCCUCCCCGGCUCCCACCGUGGGACCCCCGGACCCCAGGACUCGCUGCUUUGGGGUGGGGCAGGGGGUCACCCGCAGCCCCCUCCCCUCCCGGUGCCCCCCCAUCAAAACCAGCACGCGAGGGCCCCGGAGCCGAGCGGCGGCGGCAGCGCCGGGGGCGGGGGGGGCAGCGGAGGCACCUUGGACCAACGGCCGUUCCCUCGGCUUGUGAUUUUC